UACAGAGUGUCAGGGAGGGCGGUCGCGUUACAUUACUUUCUUCGUAGCGCGAUUCAGAAUCGCGGUGAAUACGUGUGUGCGCGCGCGGUCCGUGGUGGCCGGUCGAUGUGAGGAAGCAGAACGCGAGAGAACAACGCAACGAAAAAUGACGGCGCGCCGCCGUGUGAUUUGACAAGUGAAGAAGGAAGCGCCCGAUGGGAAAAGUGUCUCGUUAAAUAGCGCGGUGGUUUUGACACUGGUGGACUUCAAGGAUUCGCCGCGCGCAAUCCUGCGUAUAACCCCUCUGAUAUCGGGAUUCCGAGCUGUGGACCGAGGUUGAAAAUUAACGAGCGGAAGUAUCACCGGGGUUGGGGGAGGUGAGGACAGCGGCGACGGUGGUCGCGAGGGUGCCGACGACGAGAGGGUGAAUCGACAGAACGGCCGAAGGAUGACGGGCGAGGACGGAAAGCGCAGUGGCGGCACCGGCGAUGUUACCGAGACGAACAUGAACACGAACGUCACCGACAACGCCAACAACGUUAACGCCAAUGUUAACGCUAACAUAAAUGUCAGCCAGCAGAACGGCGCACCAGAAAAGGCGCCUGUCGUCGGUGGAACCAACGUGGAGACAUUGCCACGAGCUGGAAAACAAGGCGAUCCUAGCACUUCAUUUUUGCGGGCAGCUCGUGCUGGACAACUCGAGAAAGUUUUGGAAUAUUUGGAAUCUGGAGUAGAUAUUAACGCUUCUAACGCUAAUGGCUUAAACGCUUUACAUCUGGCAGCUAAAGAUGGUCAUUUGGAAAUCGUGAGAGAACUUUUAAAUCGCGGCGCGAUUGUAGACGCCGCUACCAAAAAGGGAAAUACGGCAUUGCAUAUAGCUUCUCUUGCUGGACAAGAGGAGGUUGUACAAUUGCUAGUGCAACGUGGUGCUUCUGUGAAUGCACAAUCGCAAAAUGGAUUUACGCCACUGUACAUGGCUGCCCAGGAAAACCAUGAUUCUGUGGUCAAGUACCUUCUCAGCAAGGGCGCGAAUCAGACGUUGGCCACCGAGGAUGGUUUUACUCCACUGGCGGUGGCUAUGCAACAGGGCCACGAUAAAGUAGUAGCUGUUCUAUUAGAAAACGACACCCGCGGUAAAGUUCGACUGCCUGCUCUACACAUCGCCGCUAAGAAAGACGACUGCAAGGCAGCUGCCCUACUUUUACAAAACGACCACAAUCCCGAUAUAACAUCGAAAAGCGGUUUCACUCCGCUUCACAUAGCCGCACAUUAUGGCAACGAUCGAAUCGCUUCCUUGCUUUACGAUAGAGGCGCGGAUGUUAAUUUUGCGGCAAAGCACAAUAUCACACCAAUACACGUAGCAGCAAAAUGGGGUAAAAUUAAAAUGGUUAAUCUCCUUAUGAGCAAGGGAGCAAACAUCGAAGCAAAAACGAGAGACGGUCUAACUCCUUUGCACUGCGCGGCCAGAUCCGGCCAUCACGAAGUAGUUGACAUUCUCAUCGAGAAGGGUGCACCUAUCGGUUCCAAAACGAAGAACGGCCUUGCGCCGUUACACAUGGCUUCUCAAGGGGAUCACGUCGACGCUGCGAGAAUUUUGUUAUACCACCGUGCGCCCGUAGACGAAGUGACGGUGGACUAUUUGACUGCGCUGCAUGUGGCUGCGCACUGCGGCCACGUACGAGUGGCUAAAUUACUUUUGGAUAGAAACGCCGAUCCCAACGCGCGAGCGCUCAACGGAUUUACUCCCCUUCAUAUCGCAUGUAAGAAGAAUAGAAUAAAAGUGGUUGAACUUCUCCUUAAGCACAAAGCGAGCAUCGAGGCUACGACUGAGUCUGGAUUGACCCCGCUGCAUGUAGCCAGUUUUAUGGGAUGUAUGAAUAUCGUGAUUUAUCUAUUGCAACACGAAGCUAGCCCCGACAUACCGACAGUGAGGGGCGAAACGCCAUUACACUUAGCUGCCAGGGCAAACCAAACUGAUAUUAUUAGGAUACUUCUUAGGAAUGGCGCCCAGGUCGACGCCAGAGCAAGAGAAGAGCAAACACCGCUUCAUGUCGCUUCCCGUUUGGGUAACGUUGAUAUUGUGAUGUUACUGCUGCAACAUGGUGCAGGCGUGGAUGCUACAACGAAGGAUUUGUACACUCCGCUUCAUAUUGCUGCUAAAGAAGGCCAGGAGGAGGUUGCAUCCGUUUUAUUAGAAAAUAGCGCAUCGCUUACCGCAACGACCAAAAAAGGAUUCACUCCUUUGCAUUUAGCAGCCAAGUACGGCAACAUGAACGUAGCUCGAUUAUUACUACAAAAGAACGCGCCUGUUGACGCUCAAGGAAAGAACGGAGUAACGCCUCUUCAUGUGGCGUCUCAUUACGAUCACCAAAACGUGGCAUUACUUUUACUAGAUAAAGGAGCUUCACCUCAUGCUAUGGCUAAAAAUGGCCAUACACCUCUACAUAUUGCAGCACGCAAGAAUCAGAUGGAUAUUGCAACUACAUUGCUAGAAUAUGGAGCAAAAGCCAAUGCAGAAUCAAAGGCUGGUUUCACACCAUUACAUAUUAGUGCACAAGAAGGCCAUACUGAUAUGUCAACCCUUCUUAUCGAACAUAAAGCAGACACAAAUCACAAAGCAAAGAAUGGUCUUACGCCUCUACAUUUAUGCGCACAAGAAGAUAAAGUAAAUGUCGCCUCUAUUUUAGUGAAAAACGGUGCUCAAAUUGACGCCAAAACCAAGGCUGGAUAUACGCCGUUGCAUGUGGCGUCUCACUUUGGUCAGGCAGCAAUGGUACGAUUUCUUCUGAGAUCCGGUGCUGCUGUUGACAGCAGUACAAAUGCUGGCUAUACUCCCCUCCAUCAAGCCGCGCAACAAGGACAUACGCUUGUUAUUAAUCUAUUAUUAGAAGGCAAAGCUAAACCGAACGCCGUGACUAAUAAUGGACAAACUGCUCUGGAUAUCGCACAAAAGCUCGGCUACAUAAGUGUUAUUGAAACAUUGAAGAUCGUCACAGAGACUGUCAUCACAACGACUCACACCGUUACUAUCGAAGAGAAGUACAAAGUCCAAGCACCCGAAUCCAUGCAGGAGACAUUUAUGAGUGACAGCGAAGACGAAGGUGGUGGUGAUGAAAUCAACACGGCAGCCAUGAAUGUGUACGGGCAGCCUCCGCACGCGCAACACGUGUAUCUUCCUUCUUACUACCAGGGCCAAAUGACCUAUACCCGUGAGGAUCCAAUGCUCAGCGACCAACAACAGUAUCGAUACAUGACUGUUGACGAUAUGAAAUCCAUGGCAGAUGACUCAAUGCGUAUGAACGUGACUGACGACGAAAGAGAUAAUCGACAUUCCGGAGCGCCAACCAUAACAGAGAUGAUCACGAAAGAAAAUUAUCAACGUACGAACGCGGCCAAUCUUAAGCCAGACAAUGUCGACAUCAACAGGCAUCCAAUACACGUCGGCGAGUCUCUAGAGUCUCUAUGCACCUCGCUGGCAGCUCUCAGUACCGCAUCGAAAGGACAAGGAAUGUGGAGGGACAGCUUCCUGGUUUCCUUCUUGGUGGACGCGAGAGGCGGUGCAAUGCGCGGAUGCAGGCACAGUGGCGUCCGCGUGAUUGUUCCACCGCGCAAAGCUGCGAUGCCUAUGCGUGUUACGUGCAGAUAUUUAAGGAGAGAUAAAUUGACCAAUCCACCGCCCUUGAUGGAGGGAGAGGCGUUGGCCAGCCGCAUCCUCGAAUUGGGUCCUGUAGGUGCAAAAUUCUUAGGCCCUGUUAUCAUAGAGGUACCACACUUUGCAUCGUUGCGCGGAAAAGAACGGGAAAUAGUGAUUCUGCGAUCGGACAACGGGGAGACCUGGCGCGAACACACCUUGGAAGCCAGCGAGGAGGCUGUUCAGGAUGUGCUUAACGAGAGCUUUGAAGGAGAAGAGCUAAGCCAGCUAGAGGAUCUCCAGACGUCUCGUAUCGUUAGAAUACUCACCGUAGAUUUUCCACAUUACUUUGCGGUAGUAUCUCGCAUCAGACAAGAAGUCCAUGCGGUCGGUCCCGAGGGUGGCACCGUGUCGUCAUCCGCUGUGCCACAAGUACAAGCUGUCUUCCCGCAAGCGGCCCUUACUAAGAAGAUCCGAGUCGGUUUACAGGCACAUCCUAUACCGGCGGAUCUCGUGGCUAAGUUGCUCGGGAAUAGAGUGGCCGUGUCGCCGAUCGUCACCGUGGAGCCGAGACGAAGGAAGUUCCAUAAGCCGAUAACUUUGACUAUUCCAGUGCCACAGGCGGCCAAUAAAGGCAUGAUCAACCAGUACUCUGGGGACGCGCCGACUUUGAGACUCCUGUGCAGCAUAACUGGGGGUCAGACUCGGGCAGUCUGGGAGGAUGUCACAGGCUCGACGCCGUUGACUUUCGUGAAAGAUUGCGUUUCCUUCACCACUACAGUUUCCGCUCGCUUCUGGUUAAUGGACUGCCGUAAUAUUUCCGAGGCCACGAAGAUGGCUACGGAGCUCUACACGCACGCAACACAUGUACCCUUCAUGGCUAAAUUCGUAGUGUUCGCGAAACGAGUGGACCCAUUGGAAGCGAGAUUACGUGUAUUCUGUAUGACAGAUGACAAAGAGGACAAAACUUUAGAGCACCAGGAACACUUUACAGAAGUCGCAAAAAGUAGAGAUGUCGAGGUUUUGGAAGGAAAAACGCAAUAUAUGGAAUUCUCGGGCAAUCUUGUGCCUGUUUUGAAAACUGGCGAACAACUUCAACUACCGUUUAGAGCCUUCAAGGAAAAUAGAGUUCCGUUUACAGCGAGAAUAAAGGAUCCAGAUUCCGCAGAUAUGAUGGGCCGAAUUAUGUUUAUGAGCGAGCCCAAGGUUCCGAGAGGUGAACUGCCGCAAACGCCAAUCUGCACGCUAAACAUUUUGCUACCAGAAAAAAUUUCUCCAGAUACCGCAGUUUCCGAACUGGAUUUAUUGGAAUUGUCGAAAAACUACAGUUUCCUACGUGAUGGUGGUAUAAGCAGACCAGAUGCUAUACACAGAGCGACCAUCCGUUUGACAGACAUUGCCAAUUUAUUAGAUAAAGAUUGGGAAUUAUUAGCGGAAGAGUUGAACAUCCCUCCUAACGAUGUAGCUUUAAUAAAAGAAGAAUAUCCCGACAAACCCGCACAACAGGCCGCUGCUAUGUUCAAACUCUGGCAAAACAAUGGAAACAAAGCCACAGGAAAUACAUUAGAAAAAGCUCUCAAUAAGAUUGGCCGAGAAGACAUAGUGAACAAAUGCAUCUUUAACGUUGAGUUAGUGACUGAUGAUGUAGAAAAGGCCGUGGCGAGAGUUAGAUUGGAUCAACCAGGAUUUGAUUCACUGAAGGAGGAGUUGGGACCGUCGAGAGACACGUCACUUCGCCGUGAUGCGACUAUGGACCCUAAAAUGGACCCUGAUUAUGAAGAGCCUGAUAGAAUGAAGGACUCUGAAUCAGUCGAGGAUCUCAGUAUCACUGGCAACGCCCGCGAUAAACCCAAAGAGCACAUCACAAUCACAAACGGCACUGUAUUCAACGGAACCUCGACCCCCAUCAAAGACAAAUACGCGAGCGACGAGAAAGAGCUCGGCGACAUGAUGGCUGAUUACCUAGAGCACAAAUGCCAUGUGAGCGACUCGAUGAGCAAAAAGUCGCGCGACGAACUGGAUGAUCCGGACAAAAAACGUCAGAAAGCGAUCGCCGAUGCCAACAAGAUAGUCUCUGGUGUAAUAGCAGACGCAGAGAAAGAGAAGGGGAAGUUAGCGAAGGAAGGGUGGUCGGUGGUUUAUGAUGAUGAUGCGCGGGACAGUAAAGAGGCACGGGGUGCGGUAGGGCAGACACUUAUUAACGUACAAUUAGAUAAAGCGGCUGCCGAGCCAGAAGGUGUAGUUACCAAAUCGGCCGAACAAAUCUCGAGUAUCGAGCCACCUAUGGUUAGGCAAUAUCGCGAUAGGAAGCCGGAUCCCAAAGUUAGCACUUCGAAAACCGUAGUUUCCGUUAGUAGUGGCGAUCCGAAAGUAGGUCAGACAGUAGUUACUAAAACCACAAUAAUAAAACAGUUUGAUCAGACACCGACUAAAACCGUGACUACGAAAGAAACGGUUAUUGUUUCUCCCGAUAAAAAAGACAUCGUUAGCGAAAAAGAGAAACUAUCUAAGGAAGGAAAAGAAGUCGACGAAAAGUUAGUUCAGGGGGUAAAACCUACGGAUGUUACGCAGAAGACGGUAAAGGUUGAAACCGUAACUCGAACUGAGCAGAAGAAACCGGAAGUAAAAGCUCCUGCUGAUAAGGAUAAGAGUAAAGGAAAGGAUAAAGAUAAAGAGAAGGAGAAGGAGAAGGAGAAGGAUAAAGAAGCUGCUGCGAAGCCAGCGAAAACAUCGGCUUACGAAGACGUUUACAACGUGCAGCAUCCGACAGACAGCACGGAAGAGAAAUCGGACGAAGAGACAAAGAAAGCGAAGGAUAAAGGAAGCGGAAUAUUUUCGGGCAUUUUCAAAGGUUCGAAGUUGAGGAGGGGAAAGAAAGGUUCAAAGGACACAUCUUUCGACAGUGGUGAUGAAGAACCGAAGAUCGUAACAAAAAUCUCGGAGCAACAGCCUGUCAGCGAAAUAGCAGAUUCACAUUUCGACAGCAAACUAGCGGAAAUUACAGUCGCGCCUGAUGUGAAAUUGGCUACCAUGGAAUUCUUGGAUGACUCUAGACGAAUCGCUGCGGAUUUGCAUGCACCUUACGAAGGUCUUGCAAAACCGGUAGAAAAGGAAGACCAGAAAGUAGAACCCGAAAGCGACGAUGACGGCAAAGAUAAGACGGGCUUCUUCUCAAGUCUGUUCAAAAGCAAAUCUAAAAAGGAAGACGAUGGAACGGUUAUACCCGUUAUUCACGUUCAGAAACCUAAGGAAUCGGCGGAACAGAUCGCAAAGAAGGAACAAAAGAGAUUGGCAGCAAUUGCGAAGGAAAAGGAGGAGCUGUUGGAGCUACAAAUAAAGGAAAAGGCAAAAGAGGCGGAAUCUAAGACUGCUGAAGUACCUAGUGCAAUUGAGAAGGAGAUUGAGAAAGCUGUAAAAAUCAUCGAGGAAGUCAAAAGCAAGGCAGCGGAAAAAACCGUCAUGGAUGAACAACCACUUGACAAGGAUGACGAGAAGGAAGAUCAAAUUAAGGAAAAAGGCGGCUUCUUCGGCAUCUUUAAGAGUCCAAAAACUAAGGAAAAGAAGCUCGGCAAGUGGAAAGAAACAUCUUUCGACAGCGGCGACGAGGAGAGCAGAGUCGCAACGGAGAAACUUCUGGAUGACUCGCGAAAGAUUGCUGAUAUCAGCGCGGAACCAGUAGUGUAUAAAGUUGACGGCACGAAAGUUACACCUAAAGAAGAGAUACGCACUUUCGUAUCCACUACUCAGUACGAUGUCGAUAUUCCUGCGGAUAAAAUCGGUAAAUCUUACGACAUUGUUCAAACCACAACGACAGUCAUUGAAACAACUAUUAUCCACGAGGGAGUAGACGGAAAAGCGGAUACUGACAAAGAAAAAGAACAAAAAACAGAAAAGGAUGUUGAGAAAUCUGUUUCGGAGGUGAAAUUUGAAACGCCAGAACCGAAAGUGUUAGAAUCGGAGAAAGAAGUGAGCGACGAUAGCAAAGAAAAGAGUGGUGGCUUCUUCGGCAGAUUCAGAAGCCCGAAGUUGAAGAGUAAAAAGAGAAGCAGAUCCCGAGAACAAAGUUCUUCAAAGGAGACUUCCUUUGACAGUGGCGACGAAGAAAUUCGAUUGGCAACGGCGAAACUUCUGGAAGAUACGAGGCAAAUAGCAGAGAAUUUACAGCAUCCAGCUGGAGAAAGAAUAUCUGGAACAGUUACAAGGACUCCACCCAUUGAUCAUGAAGAGAUCAAGAAAUCUGUAAUUCCGGAGGACGAAGUUGCUGAAAAGGAUAAGACAAGCGGCAUUUUCGGUAUAUUCAGGAGUCCAAGACAAGGCAGAAGUAGGUCUAGAAGUAGAUCGAAGGAAAAAACUCCAUCGCUUGAGUUGCCAGAUAGUGGUCUAGAAGAUGUAAGAGAAGUAACCGCGAAAUUCCUGGAAGAUUCUCGAAAUGUAGCAGACGAAUUAGCGGAACAUUCUAAAGAGAAAAUCUCGGCUGAUAAAGAUAAGGUAGUGACAGAAACAAAGAAAGUUGAACAACACAUUGCCACUGCGGCAAAAGACGUUAGUAAAGGUAUUAAGGACGGCAAAGACGCCAUUACCAAAAAAGUGGAGGAAAAAGCGCACGAUGUCACCGAUAGCGCUGAAACUGCGAAGGAUAAAGCGAAGAAGUUAAAGGAGAAAGGAUCAGGAUUUCUAUCCGGAAUAUUUAAAGGUACAAAACACGCCGUAGACGAAGCAGCCGACGACGUAAAAGAAUUCUUAGACGAAACGAAGAAAGAAGCUGUCUUAGAAGAAAAGAAAGCCAAAGAAAAGGCUGCCGCAAGUCUCAAAGAUUUGAAAGACAAAAAGGAUGCUGUCGUCACUGAAGUUCAAGAAGCAGCAGACAAAGCUGCUGCUGACGUAAAAGAUGCAAAAGAUAAAACAGUCACUGCUGUAAAAGACAAAAAAGAUAAAAUUGCAGAAAAAGUUUCGAAGGAUGCACAGAAAGUUGCAGAUGCUACAAAAGCAGCUGGGGAGAAAGCAGCCAGCGAAACGAAAAAGAUUGGUGAGAAAAUCGAAGAAACUGCUAAAGAUGCGGCGCAAGGCGUUAAGGAUACUAAAGACGCAGCAGUGAAAGAAGCAAAGGAAGAUGCAAAACUAGUCAAAGACAAGCUGGCAGCAGGCGCCGAUGCUGCAGCGGAAGCUGCGGAUAGUACCAAGGAAAAAGCAACGAAAGAAGCGAAAAAGGCUAAAGAAAAAACUAGUGGCUUUUUCUCCGGCAUAUUUAAAGGAGCUAAACACUCUGUAGAAGAGGCAACUGACGAAGUUAAAGAAUUUUUGGAUGAAACGAAGAAGGAAGCUGAAUUGGAAGAAGAGCGAGCUAAAGAAAAAGUAGCCGCAGGUCUCGAAGAUUUGAAAGACAAAAAGGAUGCUGUCGUGACCGAAGUUCAAGAAGCAGCAGACAAAGCUGCUGCUGACGUAAAAGAUGCAAAAGAUAAAACAGUCUUGGUUAUAAAAGACAAAAAAGAUAAAAUUGCAGAAAAAGUUUCGAAGGAUGCACAAAAAGUUGCAGAUACUACAAAAGCAGCUGGGAAGAAAGCAGCCAGCGAAACGAAAAAGAUUGGUGAGAAAAUUGAAGACACUGCUAAAGAUGUGGCGCAAGACGUAAAGGAUACUAAAGACGCAGCAGUGAAAGAAGUAAAGGAAGAUGCAAAAUUAGUCAAAGAAAAACUGGCAGCAGGCGCUGAUGCUGCUGCGGAAGCUGCAGAUAGUACCAAGGAUAAAGCAACAAAAGAAGCGAAAAAAGCUAAAGAAAAAACUAGUGGCUUUUUCUCCGGCAUAUUUAAAGGAGUUAAACACUCUGUAGAAGACGCAACUGACGAAGUUAAAGAAUUUUUGGAUGAAACGAAGAAGGAAGCUGAAUUGGAAGAAGAACGCAUUAAAGAGAAAGCUGCCGCAGAUCUCAAGGAUUUGAAAGAUAAAAAGGAUGCUGUCGUAACCGAAGUUCAAGAAGCAGCAGACAAAGCUGCUGCUGACGUAAAAGAUGCAAAAGAUAAAACAGUCUCGGCUGUAAAAGGCAAAAAAGACAAAGUUGCAGAAAAAAUUUCGAAAGAUGCACAAAAAGUUGCAGAUGCUACAAAAGCAGCCGAAGAGAAAGUAGCAUUGGAAACGAAGAAGAUUGGGGAUAAAAUCGAAGAAACUGCUAAAGAUGCGGCGCAAGGCGUUAAGGAUACUAAAGACGCAGCAGUAAAAGAAGCAAAGGAAGAUGCAAAAUUAGUCAAGGAAAAGCUGGCAGCAGGCGCCGAUGCUGCUGCGGAAGCUGCGGAUAGUACCAAGGAUAAAGCAACAAAAGAAGCGAAAAAAGCUAAAGAAAAAACUAGUGGCUUUUUCUCCGGCAUAUUUAAAGGAGUUAAACACUCUGUAGAAGACGCAACUGACGAAGUUAAAGAAUUUUUGGAUGAAACGAAGAAGGAAGCUGAAUUGGAAGAAGAACGCGUUAAAGAGAAAGCUGCCGCAGAUCUCAAGGAUUUGAAAGAUAAAAAGGAUGCUGUCGUAACCGAAGUUCAAGAAGUAGCAGACAAAGCUGCUGCUGACGUAAAAGAUGCAAAAGAUAAAACAGUCUCGGCUGUAAAAGACAAAAAAGAUAAAGUUGCAGAAAAAAUUUCGAAAGGUGCACAAAAAGUUGCAGAUACCACAAAAGCAGCCGGAGAGAAAGUAGCCACAGAAACGAAAAAGAUUGGUGAGAAGAUCGAAGAAACUGCUGCAGAUGCGGCACAAGGCAUUAAGGAUACUAAAGACGCAACAGUGAAAGAAGCAAAGGAAGAUGCCAAAUUAGUCAAAGAAAAGCUGGCAGCAGGCGCCGAUGCUGCUGCGGAAGCUACAGAUACUGCAAAAGAUAAAGCGAAAAAGGAAGCAAAAAAAGCUAAAGAAAAAACUAGUGGCUUUUUCUCAGGCAUAUUUAAAGGUGCUAAACAUUCUGUAGAAGAUGCUGCUGAUGAUGUUAAAGAAUUUUUGGAUGAAACAAAGAAGGAAACUGAAUUGGAAGAAGAGCGUGUUAAAGAGAAAGCUGCCGCAGAUAUCAAGGAUUUGAAAGAUAAAAAGGAUACCGUCGUUACCGGAGUUCAAGAAGCAGCAGACAAAGCUGCUGCUGAUAUAAAAGAUGCAAAGGAUAAAGCAUUAUCUACUGUCAAAGACAAGAAAGAUAAAGUAGUCGAAGAAGUCUCGAAAGAUGCUCAAAAAGUCGCCGAUACCACUAAAGCAGCAGGAGAAAAAGUAGCAACAGAAACGAAGAAGAUCGGCGAAAAAAUUGGAGACACGACAGCAGAUAUUGCACAAGAUGUUAAAGAUAUUAAAGAUGCAGCGGUCAAGGAAGCACAAGAGGAUACAAAAUUAGUAAAAGAAAAACUGGCAGCAGGCGCCGAUGCUGCCGUGGAAGCUGCAGAUAGCGCAAAAGAUAAAGCGAAGAAAGAAGCAAAGAAAGCUAAAGAUAAAACAAGUGGCUUUUUCUCCGGCAUAUUUAAAGGUGCUAAACAUUCUGUAGAAGAGGCAACUGAUGAAGUUAAAGAAUUUUUGGAUGAAACAAAAAAGGAAGCUGAAUUGGAAGAAGAGCGUGUUAAAGAAAAAGCUGCCGCAGGUAUCAAGGAUUUGAAAGAUAAAAAGGAUGCCGUCGUUACCGGAGUUCAAGAAGCAGCAGACAAAGCUGUUGUUGAUGUAAAAGAUGCAAAGGAUAAAACAGUCUCUGCUGCAAAAGACAAAAAAGACAAAGUUGCAGACAAAAUUUCGAAAGAUGCACAAAAAGUUGCAGAUGCUACAAAAGCAGCCGAAGAGAAAGUAGCAUCGGGAACGAAGAAGAUUGGUGAGAAAAUCGAAGACACUGCUGCAGAUGUGGCGCAAGGCGUUAAAGAUGCUAAAGACGCAGCAGUUAAAGAAGCAAAGGAAGAUGCAAAACUAGUAAAAGAAAAAUUAACCGCAGGUGCUGAUGCUACUGCGGAAGCUGUGGAUAGUGCCAAGGAUAAAGCAAUGAAAGAGGCGAAAAAAGCUAAGGAAAAAACUGGUGGCUUUUUCUCCGGCAUAUUUAAAGGCGCUAAACAUUCUGUAGAAGAGGCAAGUGAUGACGUUAAAGAAUUUCUAGAUGAAACGAAAAAAGAAGCUGAAUUAGAAGAAGAGCGAGCUAAAGAAAAAAUUGCCGCAGGUGUCGAAGAUUUGAAAGAUAAAAAGGAUGCUGCCGUCACUGGAGUUCAAGAGACUGCAGAUAAAGUUGCCGCUGAUGCAAAAGAUGCAAAAGAUAAAGCAGUUUCUGCUGUUAAAGACAAGAAAGAUAAAAUUGUUGAGGAAGUUUCAAAAGAUGCUCAGAAAGUUGCCGAAACCACGAAAGCAGCUGGAGCGAAAGUAGCAACAGAAACGAAGAAGAUGGGCGAAAAAAUUGAGGACACAGCAGCAAAUAUUGGACAAGAUGUUAAAGAUACUAAGGAUGCAGCGGUCAAGGAAGUGCAAGAGGAUACGAAAUUAAUAAAAGAUAAAUUAGCAGCGGGCGUCGAUGCUACUGUAGAAGCCGCGGAUAGUGCAAAGGAUAAAGCGACGAAGGAAGCGAAAAAAGCUAAAGAAAAAGCAAGUGGCUUUUUUUCUGGCAUCUUUAAAGGCUCUAAACAUGCAGCUCAUGAUGCAACUGAAGACGUCAAACAAUUUCUCGAUGAAACGAAAAGAGAAGCUUCAGUAGAAAAAGAACGUAUCAAGGAAGAAGCAACUGAAAAUCUCAAGGAUUUGAAGGAUAAAAAGGGUGCUGCCGUUUCUGGAAUUCAAGAAACCGCGGAUAAAGCUGUUACCAAUAUUAAGACUGCAAAAGAUGAAACUAUUUCCGCUGUUAAGGAUAAAAAAGAUGAAAUUGUAGAGGAAAUAUCUAAAGAUGCUAAAAAAGUUGCGGACACCACAAAAGCAGCUGAAGAAAAGAUAAUAGCAGAGACGAAGAAAAUUGGUGAGAAAGUAGAAACAACUGCUGCAGAUGCGGCACAAGGCGUUAAGGAUACUAAGGACGCAGCAGUUAAAGAAGCAAAGGAAGACGCGAAAUUAGUGAAAGAAAAACUGGCAGCAGGCGCCGAUGCUGCUGUGGAAGCUGUGGAUAGUGCUACGGAUAAAGCAACGAAAGAAGCAAAGAAAGCUAAAGAAAAAACUGGUGGCUUUUUCUCUGGCAUUUUUAAGAGCGCAAAACACGCUGUAGAAGAUGCAACAGAUGACGUUAAAGAUUUUAUGGACGAGACAAAGAAGGAAGUUGCGCUGGAAGAAGAACGCAUUAAAGAGAAGGCUGCCGCAGGUGUCAAGGAUUUGAAAGAUAAGAAGGAAUCUGUCGUUGCUGGGAUUCAAGAAACUACAGACAAAGUUGUUACCGAUGCGAAAGAUGCAAAAGAGAAAGCAGUUACUGCUGCUAAAGAUAAGAAAGACAAAAUUGCAGAAAAAGUUUCCAAAGAAGCACAGGAAAUUGCCGACACUACAAAAGAAGCUAGUGAAAAAGUUGUAACAGAGACGAAGAAAGUUGGUGAAACAAUUGGAGAUACAGCAGCAGAUAUUGCACAAGAUGUUAAAGAUACCAAGGAUGCUGCGGUCAAGGAAGUACAAGAGGAUACAAAAUUAAUAAAAGAAAAAUUGGCAACAGGCGCCGAUGCUGCUACAGAAGCUGCGGAAGGCGCAAAAGAAAAAGCGACGAAAGAAGCAAAAAAAGCUAAAGAAAAGACAAGUGGCUUCUUUUCCGGUAUAUUCAAGAGUGCGAAACAUGCCGCCGAAGAUGUAUCAGAAAAUGUAAAGGAAUCUGUAAGUGAUGCGAAGAAGGAAGCGGCAGAAGGAUUGGAUGAUUUAAAACGUAAAAAGGAUGAUGCGAUACAUAGUGCGAAAGAUGCUACGGAUAAAACCAUCGAAGAUGUGAAGGAUGCGAAGGACAAAACAAUUUCUGUAGGAAAAGAUACAAAAGACAAAAUUGUGGAUGCGGCCGCCAAAGAUGUAGAAAAAGCAGCAGACAGUUUGAAAACAGUUCGCGACGACGUAAUUUCGAAGACUAAAGAUAUUGGCGAAAAAAUUGAAACUACAGCGACCGACGUUGGACGUGAUAUAAAAGAUGCUAAAGAUGCAGUCGUCACAGAAGCGAAAGAAGAUGCUAAAGUCAUAAAAGAAAAAUUGGUUGCCGGAACAGAAGCAGUUACAGAUAAAACGGAAGCUGUUAAAGACAAAGCAACUAAAGAGGCAAAGAAAGCCAAAGAAAAAACGAGUGGCUUUCUUUCAGGAAUAUUCAGAGGAUCGAAACAUUCUGUGGAUAGUACAGCGGAAGACGUAAAGGAUUUCCUGGAAGAAACUAAGAAGGAAGCAUCGUUGGAGCAAGCACGUAUCAAGGAAGCAGCAGAAGCCGAACUGAAGGAUGUGGAACGCAAGAAGGACGAUAUUGUCACCGAAGCGAAAGAAGCGAAAGAUCGUAUCGCUGAAAAAGUAGUCGACGAAGUCGACAAAGCUGCCGAUGCAACUAAAGCGGUAGACGAUAAAAUCAUUAUUGAAACGAAGCGAGUUGCCAAAGAUAUUGCGGAAGGAAUUUCAGAUGCUAAAGACAGCGCGGCGAAAGAAGUAAAGGAGGAUAUACAAUCAGCACAGGACAAAAUAAAAGCAGGAAGUGAUACUGUCGCAGAUAGUGCUGUAGCUACUAAAGAUAAGGCUGCGAAGGAAGCAAAGAAGGUUAAGGAAAAGGGCAGCGGUUUUCUUUCUGGAAUAUUUAAAAGCGCAAGACAUUCUACAGAAGAAGUGGCUGAUGAUCUGAAAGAAUUUGUUGAUGAAACGAAGAAGGAAGCAGAAUUGGAAGAACAGCGAGCUAAAGAAAAAGCAGUCGCAGGUUUAAAAGAUUUGAAAGAUAAAAAAGAUGCCGUUGUCAGUGAUAUUAAAGAGGCCACCGAUAAAGCCGUUACUGACGCAAAGGAUGCAAAGGAUAAAACAAUCUCUGCUGUAAAAGACAAAAAGGAUAAAUUUGCAGAGGAAGUUUCCAAAGAUGCACAAAAAAUUGCUGACGCCACGAAAACAACCGGAGAAAAGGUAGUCGCAGAAACAAAGAAGAUCGGCGAGAAAAUUGAAGAUACGGCGACAGAUGUUGCACAAGGUAUCAAAGAUACUAAGGAUGCUGCAGUGCAAGAAGUGCAAGAGGAUACAAAAUUAGUGAAAGAAAAAUUGGCAGCAGGUGCCGAUGCUGCUGCGGAAGCUGCUGACAGCGCAAAAGAUAAAGCGAAGAAAGAAGCAAAGAAAGCUAAAGAUAAAACAAGUGGCUUUUUCUCUGGCAUCUUUAAAAGCUCUAAACACUCUGUUGAAGAUGCAUCUAGCGAUGUCAAGCAAUUUUUAGAUGAAACGAAAAGAGAAGCUUCAUUAGAAAAAGAACGUGUCGAGGAAGAAGCUGCGAAGAGUGUGAAAGAUUUGAAAGAUAAAAAGGAUUCUGUCGUUACCGGAAUUCAAGAGACCGUCGACAAUGCUGCUGCUGAUAUAAAAUAUGUAAAGGAUAAAACAAUUUCUGCUGCAAAAGACACAAAGGACAAAAUUGCAGAGGAAGUUUCCAAAGAUAUACAAAAAGUUGCCGAUGCCUCAAAAGCAGCUGUGGAGAAAGUAGCCACGGAAACGAAAAAGAUUGGUGAAAAAGUAGAAACAGCUGCUGCAGAUGUGGCGCAGGACGUUAAAGAUACCAAAGAUGCUGCGGUCAAAGAAGCACAAGACGAUACAAAAUUAAUUAAAGAAAAAUUGGCAGCAGGCGCCGAUGCUGCCGCAGAAGCUGCUGACAGUGCAAAAGAUAAAGCGAAGAAAGAAGCAAAAAAGACUAAAGAAAAAACUGGUCGCUUUUUCUCCGGCAUAUUUAAAGGCGCUAAACACUCUGUAGAAGAGGCAACUGACGAAAUUAAAGAAUUUUUGGAUGAAACGAAGAAGGAAGCUGAAUUGGAAGAAGAACGCGUUAAAGAGAAAGCUGCCGCAGAUCUCAAGGAUUUGAAAGAUAAAAAGGAUGCUGUCGUAACCGAAGUUCAAGAAGCAGCAGACAAAGCUGUUGCUGAUAUAAAAGAUGCAAAGGAUAAAACAGUCUCUGCUGUAAAAGAUAAAAAAGACAAAGUUGCAGAAAAAAUUUCGAAAGAUGCACAAAAAGUUGCAGAUGCUACAAAAGCAGCCGAAGAGAAAGUAGCAUCGGAAACGAAGAAGAUUGGUGAGAAAAUCGAAGACACUGCUGCAGAUGCAGCGCAAGGCGUUAAAGAUGCUAAAGACGCAGCAGUUAAAGAAGGAAAGGAAGAUGCAAAACUAGUAAAAGAAAAAUUAACCGCAGGCGCCGAUGCUACUGCGGAAGCUGUGGAUAGUGCCAAGGAUAAAGCAAUGAAAGAGGCGAAGAAAGCUAAGGAAAAAACUGGUGGCUUUUUUUCCGGCAUAUUUAAAGGCGUUAAACACUCUGUAGAAGAGGCAACUGAUGACGUUAAAGAAUUUCUAGAUGAAACGAAGAAGGAAGCUGAAUUAGAAGAAGAGCGUGCUAAAGAAAAAAUUGCCGCAGGUCUCGAAGAUUUGAAAGAUAAAAAGGAUGCUGCCGUUACUGGAGUUCAAGAGACUGCAGACAAAGCUGCUGCUGAUGUAAAAGAUGCAAAGGAUAAAACAGUUUCUGCUGUUAAGGAUAAGAAAGAUAAAGUUGUUGAGGAACUUGCCAAAGACACUCAGAAAAUUGUCGAUACCACGAAGGAAGCUAAAGAAAAGGUAGCAACGGAAGCCAAAAAGAUUAGUGAAAAAGUUGGAGAUACAGCAACAGAUAUUGCAAAAGGCGUUAAAGAUACCAAGGAUGCAGCGGUCAAGGAAGUGCAAGAGGAUGCAAAAUUAAUAAAAGAAAAAUUAGCAGCAAGCGCCGACUCGGCUGUAGAAGCUGCUGACAGUGCAAAAGAUAAAGGAAAAAAAGAAGCAAAGAAAGCUAAAGAAAAAACAAGUGGUUUCUUUUCCGGCAUAUUUAAAGGCGCUAAACACGCUGUAGAAGAUGCAACUGACGACGUCAAAGAAUUUUUAGAUGAAACAAAGAAAGAAGCAGAACUGGAAGAAGAACGUGUAAAAGAGAAAGCUGUCGCAGGUCUCAAGGAUUUAAAAGAUAAAAAAGAUGCCGUUGUCAGUGAUAUUGAAGAAGCCACCGAUAAAGCUGUCACUGACGCAAAAGAUGCAAAGGAUAAAUCAAUCUCUGCUGUAAAAGACAAGAAGGAUAAAUUUGCAGAGGAAGUUGCUAAAGAUGCACAAAAAAUUGCUGACGCCACGAAAACAACCGGAGAAAAGGUAGCCGCAGAAACAAAGAAGAUCAGCGAGAAAAUUGGAGAUACGGCGACAGAUGUUGCACAAGGUAUUAAAGAUACUAAGGAUGCUGCGGUGCAAGAAGUGCAAGAGGAUACAAAAUUAGUGAAAGAAAAAUUGGCAGCAGGCGCCGAUGCUGCUGCGGAAGCUGCUGACAGCGCAAAAGAUAAAGCGAAGAAAGAAGCAAAGAAAGCUAAAGAUAAAACAAGUGGCUUUUUCUCUGGCAUCUUUAAAAGCUCUAAACACUCUCUAGAAGAUACAUCUAGCGAUGUCAAGCAAUUUUUAGAUGAAACGAAAAGAGAAGCUUCAUUAGAAAAAGAACGUAUCGGGGAAGAAGCUGCGAAGAGUGUGAAAGAUUUGAAAGAUAAAAAGGAUUCUGUCGUUACCGGAAUUCAAGAGACCGUCGACAAAGCUGCUGCUGACGCGAAAGCUGCAAAGGAUAAAACAGUUUCUGUUGUUAAAGAUAAGAAAGAUGAAAUUGUUGAAAAAGUCUCUGACGAUGCUCAAAAGGUUGCCGACGCCACAAAAGCAGCUGGAGAAAAGAUAGCAACAGAAACGAAAAAAAUCGGUGAAAAAGUUGGAGAAGCGGCGACAGAUAUUGCACAAGGCGUAAAAGAAACUAAGGAUGCUGCUGUUAAGGAAGUGCAAGAGGAUACGAAAGUAGUAAAAGAAAAAUUAGUAGCAGGCGCCGAUGCUGCCGCAGAAGCUGUGGAUAGCGCCAAGGAUAAAACAACGAAAGGAGCGAAAAAAGCUAAAGACAAAACUAGUGGCUUUUUCUCUGGUAUAUUUAAAGGUGCAAAACAUGCGGUCGACGAUGCAACCGACGACGUUAAAGAAUUUUUAGAUGAAACUAAGAAGGAAGCUGCAUUAGAAGAAGCUCGUGCUAAAGAAGCUGCUGCUGUAAAACUUAAGGAGGUGGAAGAAAAGACAGACAGUGCAAUUGCUGCUGUUAAGGAUACUGUAGAAAAAACAGCAUCUGAUAUAAAAGAUUCUAAAGACAAAACAGCGUCUGCAAUAAAAGAUAAGAAAGACGAAAUAGCGAAAAAGGUAUCGGAGGAUACUCAGAAAGUAGUUGAAACUGUAAAGGCGAAAGGUGAUGAAUUAGCAGCGGAUGCGAAGAAAGUUCACGAGAAAAUUGAAACCACUGCAGAAGAUUUAGCACAAGGCAUCAAGGAUACAAAAGAAAAAGUCAGCGUGGAAAUAAAAGAAGACGCAAAAAUUGCAAAGGAAAAAUUAGCUUCAGGUGCUCAGGCUGUAACAGAUGAUGUACAGUCAGUCAAAGAUAAAGGAGUGAAGGAAGUAAAGAAAGCUAAAGAAAAAGGUUCCGGAUUCUUCUCAAAUAUAUUUAAAGGCGCGAAACAUUCUACUGAGGAUGUAUCUGAUGAUGUGAAGGAAAUCGUGGAUGAUGUCAAAAAAGGAGCGAUUUCUGAGGGAGAACGCAUUAAGGAAACGACAGAGUCAGGGCUUAAGGAUUUGAAAGAUAAAAAAGAUGAUGCAAUUAGCGGUAUAAAAGAUGCGAAAGAUCAGGCUAAAGCAGCCGUCAAAGACUCAUCGGAUAAGGUGGCAGAAAAAUUAUCUGAUGGUGUUGAUAGCAUUAAGGAUGCAGGUGAGAAAGUAGCAACUGAUGUAAAAGAAAUUAGCGAGAAGACCAAAUCGGCGGGACGAGAUCUUGUAGAAGAUGUGAAGGACACGAAGGAUGGGAUUGUAAAAGAAGUUAAAGAGGACACGCAAAUCGCGAAAGAAAAAUUAUCAGCCGGUGAAGAAGCUGUCGUGAGCAAAACAGAAGCAGCGAAAGAUAAAGUCAUUAAAGAAGCGAAAAAAGCAAAAGACAAGAGUACCAGCUUCUUCUCUGGUAUAUUUAAAGGCAAGCACAGUACAGAAAGCACAACGGACGAUAUGAACAAAUUUUUAGAUGAAAUGCGAAAAGGAGCAACCGAAGAAUUAAAAGAUCUGGAUCAUAAGAAAGAUGCUAUAGUCAGCAGUGUCAAGGAUACAACAGAUCGAGCUGCGACUGAAGUAAAAGAUGCCAAGGAUAAAACUGUUGCAGCUGUAAAAGAUACGAAAGAUGAAAUCGCCGAGAAAGUGUCCGAAGAAAUUCAGAAAGCUGCAGAUACGAGCAAAGAAGCCAAAGAUAAAGUAAAAUCUGGAGUACAAGAAAUUGGCGAGAAAAUAGAUUCGACAGGACGAGAUAUCGCGAAAGGAGUGGUGGAUACGAAAGACAAAGCCGUUAAAGAAGUUAAGGAUGAUGCAAAAAUAGUGAAAGAAAAAUUGGCAGCGGGAGCUGAAGCUGUUGUCGAUGGUGCCGAAGCUGUUAAAGACAAGACGACUAAAGAAACAAAGAAAGCGAAGGAAAAGGGGUCUGGUUUUCUAUCUGGUAUAUUUAAAGGUGCGAAACAUGCCGUAGAAGACGCAACUGACGACGUAAAAGAAUUUUUAGACGAGACAAAGGAAGAGGUUGAAUUAGAAGAACAACGUGCUAAAGAAAAAGCCGCUGCCGGUAUUAAAGACCUGAAAGAUAAAAAAGAUGCUGCCCUUACUGGAGUUCAAGAAGCUGCAGACAAAACUGCUGCUGAUGUAAAAGGUGCAAAGGAUAAAACAAUUUCUGCCGCAAAAGACACAAAGGAUAAAAUUGCAAAGAAAAUCUCGAAGGAUGCACAGAAAAUUACGGACACGAUAAAAGCAGCCGGAGAGAAAGUAGCAGCAGAAACAAAGAAGAUUGGUGAAAAAUUUGGAGAUAAGGCGGCAGAUAUUGCGCAAGACGUUAAGGAUACUAAAGCUGCUGCGGUUAAAGAAGUAAAAGAAGAUUCAAAAUUAGCGAAAGGAAAAUUGGCAGCAGGCGCCGAUGCUGCUGCGGAAGCUGCUGAUAGCGCAAAAGAUAAAGCGAAGAAAGAAGCAAAGAAAGCCAAAGAAAAAGGAUCUGGUUUUCUAUCGGGAAUAUUUAAAGGUGCGAAGCAUUCCAUCGAAAGUGCAACAGAUGAUGUCAAAGAAUUUGUAGAUGAAACGAAACAUGAAGCAGAAUUAGAAGAAGCUCGUGCUAAAGAAGCAGCAGCGGCCAGUUUGAAGGAAUUAGAACAUAAAAAGGAUGCUGUAGUUAGCGGCGUAAAAGAUACAGCAGAUCGAGCUGCUGCUGGAGUAAAAGAUGCCAAGGAUAAAACUGUCACAGCUGCAAAAGAUACUAAGGAUAAAAUCGCCGAGAAAGUGUCCGAGGAAAUUCAGAAAGCUGCAGACGUGACCAAAGAAUCCAAGGAUAAAGUAAAAUCUGGAGUACAAGAAAUUGGCGAGAAAAUAGAUUCGACAGGACGAGAUAUCGCGAAAGGAGUGGCGGAUACGAAAGACAAAGCCGUUAAAGAAGUCAAGGAUGAUGCAAAAAUAGUGAAAGAAAAAUUGGCAGCAGGAGCUGAAGCUGUUAUCGACGGUGCCGAAGCUGUUAAAGACAAAACGACUAAGGAAGCAAAGAAAACGAAGGAGAAGGGAUCCGGUUUUCUAUCGGGAAUAGUUAAAGGCGCGAAACAUGCCGUGGAAAGCGCAAAAGACGACGUUAAAGAAUUCCUGGACGAAACGAAACACGAGGCGGAAUUAGAGGAAGCUCGUGCUAAAGAAGCAGCGGCGGCUGAAUUGAAAGAAUUGGAGCACAAGAAAGAUAUUGUUGUCGCUAGCGCGAAAAGCGUUACGGAAGGCGUGGUAGCUGAUGUCAAAGAUGUUAAAGUUAAAAUUUCCAAAGAAACGGAUCAAGUGGCAGAAACGACAAAAACCGCAGCUGACAAACUAGCAACCGAGACGAAAAAAGUCGGUGGAAAAAUAGAAUCCAAAACCACAGACGUCGCACGUGGUAUAAAAAGUGCUAGGAGAAGUCUCGAUAAGGAAAUAAAGGAAGAUAAGAAAGCGUCAAAGGAUAAAUUAACAAAGAGUGCCGAUGCUGUUGCGAAUGGUGCUAAAACGGCCAAGGGUGAUCUUGCGAAGGGUGUGAAGAAGACUAAGGACAAGGGCUCCGGUUUCUUAUCAGGAGUUGUUCAAGGUGCAAAACACACGGGAAAGGAAAUUUCUGAUGACGUGAAAGAUUUUCUAGAAACAACCAAGCAGGAAGCAGCCGCUGACGAAGCGCUCGCAAAAGAGGCUGCAACAGCGAAAUUAAAAGAUCUUGAACACGCGAAGGAUAAAGCCACCAGUGAGAUUAAAACUGCUACCGAUAAAGCUGCGAAGAGUGUGAGAGAUGCCAAGGAGAAAAGUGUUUCCAGCGUGAAGGAUGUGAAGAGCAAAAUAGUUUCCACUGCGAAAGCAGCGGGUGAUAAAGUAGGACAAGGUACAUCGCAAGCCAGUCAGAAAAUUAAAUCCACCAGUCAGGACGUGACGCCGAAGGCUAAACGUGCCAAAGACGCCGUUGUCGGCGAAACGAAACAAGACGCACAGAUAGCAAAAGAAAAAUUAGCAGCUGGUGCGGACGCUAUUGCGGACACUGCGGACGCCGCAAAGGACAAGAUCGCGAAGGAAGCAAAAAAAGGCAAGCAAAAGCCUGGUUUUCUAUCGGGUGUGGUGAAGAGUGCCAAACACGCGGUAGAAGACGCGACGGAUGAUAUGAAGGAAUUCCUAGAGGAAACCAAGCAAGAAGCAGCCGCAGAGGAAGCUCGCGUCAAAAGUGACCUUGCUCAGGCGAAAGAUAAAUCCACCAAAUUGACAGCUGAUGCGAAAGACAAAUCCGCCGGUGCCGUCAAAGAUGUGAAGAAGAAAAUUACUCAGAAAGUGUCUAAAUCGUCACCUGUCGCGAGACGCGCGUCGGCAGAUGUAGUUUCUAAAGACACGGGUAGGAAAUCGCUAACAACCGAGACGAAAAAAAUCGGUGGGAAAGUAUCGAAAUCCACGGAGCGGGUUCAGGAGGUAGUUCGUAGUUCCGAAGUAGCUGGUAGGCCGCAGGGCGACGUCGAGCAUUUAACCGAGACAGUUAGGGUAAAGAAAGUCUCUCGCAUUCCACAAAAAGUUAGUCCGGGCAAAGAGAUAGUGAGCGGCGCGGAUGAGUCAGGUUCAAGUAGAACAGUAGUAGAAACAGUAUCCACGAUAGGGCACCCUGAGCCUCGCACACGGCACUCCGUCACCACAGUCGUGACAAAGUCUGUGCGAACGACCCCACCGCCACCCAGUUCACUCGCCGAGUUCACUGACAGUAGAACCGAAGAUGUAACCGAAGAGGCUGCGAGACGAGCUCAGAACCUGGCGGAACAGGCGUACACCGCGACGAAAACAGGGCAUGAUUCGGCUGAGAUUGAUGGGACUGUAGAGAGGCAUGCUACUUCUGCUCCAUCAAAGCAACCUGUUCCCGCCCCGCGUCACUCCACCACCAAGCCGUCUACCAAACCCGAGUUCCAUCUGGAGCUCGGUGACGCCUCACGAACACGUAAAACGAUCGAGCAGCCGACGCAGGAAGCGCAGUCGCCGAGCAAGAGCAAGAUACCUGUUAAAGUUGAUCCUCGCUCGCCCAAAUUAACCGAUGACUUCGAAGUGAUUGCAAGAUCGACUACCGAAUUCGUUCCACAAGCAGUUACACGAACCGUCAAAUACAUCACCAGAGAAUACUCGGAUGAGGAGUUGAUCAAAGAAAAAAAUAUCAAACCGGAUGACGCGACUGUGAUAAGCAGGACGGAAAUGGAUCCUUCGAUGGAACAAAUACGGCGAACAACCACUACGAUAAUGACUAGCGAUUCGUCGGUCGAUCCCGAGAAAUUGCAGGAGCUGCUGAAAACGGGCGGAGUCGUUGAAACUGUAAGGACCGUGACUCUGACCUCGGAGGACAGCGCUUUGCAGCCUAUGACACGCGAGGCGGUCGUAGAAAGGAUAAAUCAGGUCACAGGAACGCUGUCGAGCGAAAUCUUCGAUUUCGACGACAAGUUUCCGGAUUCCUCCAUCACUACUGUGAAGACCGAUGGAUCCGAUGACGUCGUUCAGACGGUUACACGCGUGCAACGCGUAACGAUGGAGAUGCCGGAGACUGAGAGAACCAGAAGAGUGGUGAGAACGGUGAUCUCCAGCGGCAGCGGCGGCGAUUACGACGACGCGGAAUCCGCUCUGAAGAGUCUUCAGGAGCGAUUGACGAAAUCCGAGAUCGGCGAGACCGCCUCCUGGACGGCGGGUGAGCAGUGGGAGACCGGGACGCAGUACUCUCAAGACACGUCGCCCGGCUCCGGCAACGACGGCGGCGGCAGCGUUGACGCGUUCGCCGCCGGCAACAACAACAAGAACGAUGGUAGCUUGAGGCACGAUGUGCACAGCGACACCGAUAGUGACGGUUCGCCGCAACCUAGAAGAAGAUCCCCGAGCAAGAGGCGUACAUUGGGCAGUUCCAGCGGGUCGGAUGUAGCACUGCACGAAGGUGCGGAGCUGUCCCCGUUGGAGGACGACCAAGAAUCUGACUUUUUGCAACAUAGCGAGCCAUCCUUUAUGGAAACGACAACGAUCGAGGUGGAUCCUGUUACGCAGGAAAGCAUAACGACGACCACGCGAAUGGAAACGAGGACAAUAUCGUCCAUGGGAGCCGGUGGCACGGACGAUUUGCGAGAAUCUAUGCAGAAAAUCAUGGACACAUUUAUGACGGAGGAAAGGAAGGACCAUUAGAAAGUAACGCGCUUGCCCUUCGAGCCCAUGACGAAGACGAGAAAAUUUAUCGUCGAGGAGUCUCGACGUCGAUUCUCUCGCGAUUGAUUUUACGAAGCACCUUGACUCUCGAUUUGACGCGUCCUCGGGCGUCGAACGACGAGUUCUUGAUUAUAUUGGGCCAGAUUGGCACGUGGAGGACAUGUUCGUCGCGCGCUCUUUCGAAGUGCUGCCUCUCUGAAGCCACGCAAUAGCAUGCACGAUGAUUUACUACCACGCUCAUGGCCUAUGCUUCGGAUUUGCUUGCCUUUCCGUUCCGCUCGGUUGCCUUACUUCUUUGCGUUCGGGAUCUCGCGAUCGAUGAUGAAGAAAUGUGUUUGUGUAUGUCGUUGCUAGUUCGACUAGCCGAUCCGCGCUAGUCUUCACUAUGCCAACCCGUCCAUGUACAACGCCUUUCUCGUGUUGUUCAGAGCUAAUGCGAAGGGAGGGAAAGAUAGGCGAAAAUGAUGAGAAAUGAAAGAAAAAAAGAAAGAUGCGAAUGGCAGGAGUGCAGCAGAAUAAGAUUGUCUCGAGUAAACGAUCCGCCGAUAUUAGCGAUCGUUUAGGUAAGCAAGAUUCUCGCGAGAAUAGUCCGUUUAAGCUUUAGAAUGGUUAUCUCUGUCCGCGCAAUAUAUCGCUUAAUAGAUCGGCAAUAUAUAAAUAUAUUUCAUUAACACCUUCGACGAUGAACGAAAUUGACGAAGUUUCUGAAACGGAAUUAUGGGAAUUUCUUGUUGUUACUCGACUCAAGUCGCAAGUUCAAGCACAAUUUAAGAAAAAAAAAGAAAAGAAAAUGAUGAACUACGAGAGGCGUCGAUUAUUGCGUGCACCGGCCGUAUUGGUUUGAUUAACAGUGAGAAAUCAAUGUUUUUAUGCAUCAGGACAUAAUGUAUAAAUUUAACUUGUUUAAAGGAUAUUUCCUAACAGUUUUUAAUUGUAUAUAUAAUAAUUUCUUAGCAUAACUUAUACAUAUAUAUAUAAAUGUACUAUGGAUACAAUUGUAAUAAGAUGCUAUAUAACAAGUAUAUUUUAUUUAUAUAGCGAACCCCUAUGGACAAAUGUUACGCUCGUUAAUUUAUAAGCUCGAAAAAGUUACACUAUCGGCGUUAUAUCAUCCACGUGAACCAAGUGUAAGUGUAAUUGUGAGAGGCAAUUACAUCGUACACGACGAUGUAGAGAUUAUGUUGUCUGAGAUCCUUGACGAUUCGCGGGUUCGUUUUAAUAUCUAAGCCAGUGUUAGCUUUCAAUGUAUGACACAGUUUUAAUGAGCACAGAAGGAAAACAGAUCAUAUAAUAUAUAAAUAUAUUAAAAUUUAAAUAAACUAUUCUAUUAAUGUAUGAUAUAUUGAAAGAUAUUAAUGAUUAUGCUAUCUGAAGUUUAUAAAUUAUUGUCUAUAAUGACUGUUAUACUACGUUUAAUAGACUUGCCUAGAGCCUAUCUGACCUAAGGACCAAAGGCACAAUCACACACGCGCAUCAAAAUAAAAAGUAAUAUGCUCCCAUG